AUGCGCGGGCGGGGUGAACUCCCGAAGGCGAGGUCCAUUCUCAUCAUGGACAACUUGCACGCGCAGACCACGGACGAGUUCAAGGAGUAUCUUGCGAAGCACUGCAACUCUCUCGCCUGGUAUGGCCCUUCGGAGAGCACGGAGGAGAUGGACAUAUGGCUCGGGCAGUCGGACAACCUCGAGAGGUGGGAAACCGCGUCGCUGACAGCUUCUGAUCGGCGCGUCCUGAUCACUCAGUGGAUGGGAGCGGCCAUGGCAAGACUCAAACGCCAACAGGCGUAUCGAUACCGUCUUUUCGAAAAGUGCGGGAUGGCCAUGACCGUGGACGGUUCGGGCGAUGAUCGAAUCACCUUGGAGGGUUUGGACAAGCCGUAUAACUUCGCUAACGAUGAAGACAGUAGCGACGACGAACAAGGUUCGGAGAACGGCAACGAUGAGCCUGAGGGGCGGGCGGAGGAGGGCGAUGGAGGAGGACGUGAGACGCUCAUAGAGGGCGUUGACUCAAGCCAUGAAGACGACGGCGCUCUUCUGGACGACGACGACAGCAUGGGCCCAGAAGACCCGGAGGAUGAGAUACAGCGAAUGGAGAUCCCGGCAGCCUUUCGUAUUCAACAAGCUAAACCCGUUGCUCUUGACAGAUUGCUUUUGCGGCGUGGAGUGCUCGUUAGGCUGGGCAUGGGGUGGUUUGGAGGGCUGAUCACUCAACAAUCUCAGAAGGACACUCGCCACCUGUACGACUACUGUGUGCAGCUGGAGCUAGACCAGAGUACGCGCAAGAUGAAGUUGCCCUUGGACAAGUACAGCGGAGAUUCGGACGCGGCUGUAGGUUCCUGGGUUUUGCUUGAGAGCAUUAGUAGAUCAGGAAGGGUACGCAGGACCAACGUCACCCUUGUGGACCAAGAAGGUUGACAGUUGCUGCUCCAUGCCUUGGUAUUUUCUUGUAUCGAAAGCAGUACUAGUGUUGCUCAUGGUUGACAGCCGGCAAUAUAGCCAAUGAUGUUAAAAUACUGUAAGAACAAGAAAGCCCCUUUCUGGAGAAGAAUGGACGACGAAAUAAGAACUUGGCAAAUAAGAACUGGUGCUCGGGUUGGGGCAGUCAAUAAGAACUGAGCCUCGCCCAAUCUAUAGGAGGUUCUUAAGUGCGGGCCGGCACUGCUGUACUAUAGGACACCUACUUUAUGUACAUGAAUAGGCCUACGUGGUAUAUAACAGCUCUCCCCCCCUCUCCUCGCCCCCUUACUUUGGGGCUUAAACCAGUUUGGGGGUGUGCUUCACGUAUUUGAAUCCGCGUGCCCGCUUGCCUCCGCAGAAAGAUAGCGGUCUCUUGCUUACCACACAAGCAUACGCCUUGCCUCACCCUCCCGACAUUUCGUGCCUUUAGGGACUAUACAUAGACAAUGUUGGCGUUCGGUCUUACAAGCUGCACAGCUCACCCGCAGCACAAGGCAUGGGGUUUGGCAAGGUUACUGUAGUGCUUUCACUGGUAGAGUCGGGAGGGGUACAUGCUGUUUGUAGCUCCGCGACGCUGUGCACACGUGACUACUGCUGUAGCGUCACUUCUACGGAGGGGUAGUCGGUCCGUUUAAAACGGACCGACUUUUUGUCGAAAUUUUUGAAAGUGUCAAAAAAUGGAACCUGUAUGUAGGCGUUUGUCAAUUUAAAAAAAAAAAAUUGGAACGAAGUUGGGCGCAAAAACUUUGCUCCACUUCGUUCCAACUUUUUGACAACCCUCUCAAAAGUAUUUGGAGCACUUUCCAAAGUACCCUUGCAGAGGCACGCGAGGGCUGCUGCGUCUGCACUACGAGUGCCCCUCACCGUAGAAAGUCAGCUAGGGUUGUGUGUGAGUCAUCUGUCGCUGUCGCUAUUGCUAUCGUCGCUGUUGCCAACGUUGACGAUGCUGUCUGCUGUUGCUGUGUCGUCCGAAAAACGGCGGUCCGCCAUGAUGGCUUGCAGUUGUUGCUUCGCGUCCGCCGCUUUGUUUUUUCCUUUUCCCGGGGGGGUAGGAGCAGUGGUUGCCACCCCUCGCCGGCGGCCUGCUCCACCCUCGCUCUGAGUGUUGGUGGCGGCAGCGCCUCCCGUGGUAACAUGAGUGUUCCCCGAGAUGCCAGGCAGCAGCACUAUCUUGCUGGAGAGCAAGCCUCCACCGCCUACGGCGGCACCGAGAGAGCCCGUCUGCUGGAAUUUCGCCGGGGUUUUGGUCUGCCGGCCACGCUGGGUGGUCGUGAUAUCCAUGUCGGUGUCCAUGAUGUCGUGUUUUCCGCGGUUUGUGUUGUGUCGUGUGUGUUGUCUCGAAGUGAGCGCUACAACUCACGGACGGCGUCAUUUUUUUUGACACAAGUUGCACAAGUCCACGUCACACGAUUAAAAUGACUGCACACAGGUUCCAAGUUUUUGAAAGACAAAUGUCGA